AUGAACGCUGCAUCCCAGGGCGACAAGGCCCUCGCUGAAUCCAAUGCCCCGCUCGCUAUCGAACACUACACCCGGGCCCUGGUCGAACUACCCCGCGCCCCGGCGUACUAUCUCCAACGCUCGAAAGCGUACUUACGCCUGAAGCCCGCAGACGGUGGCCCAAAUCAUGUCGCCGCCUUGCGCGAUGCGGAAAUCGCCCUGUCUCUAGCCCAGUCGCGCGGGAAGCGCGAGAUCAUCCUGUCCGCGCAGCUGCGCCGCGGCGUGUCGCUGUACCAGAUGGAGCGGUACGGAGACGCAGAGUUUAUCUUCAAAGCGAUUAACGAAAAGGUUUCCCCCGCGACCCCGUCGGAUAAAUCCCAGGGACUGCAGGCUGCCAUGGCGGGGUCGGGGUCGGCGACUAAGAAGAAUGGAUACGAAUCUGAACUGCCCAUUUGGAUGGCCAAGCUUCGUCGCAAGCUGGCUGAAAUACCCGAGGAUGAUAAGACACGUUCUGUGUCUGUUGAAGAGCACCCUGGAAACACCCACAUUCCGACGGAGAAGGAACUGAAGGUUGAGCUGGAGAAUAUCAAAACUGGGAAGCCCGCUGAGAUGACGGGCGAGACGUCGCCGCAGGCAGGUUCUAAUGAAUCUGCGGCGCCGACUAUCCCUGCACAUGGAAUGCCUCCUGUAACUGCGCUCCCUCCGGCAAGCAGCGGCUCCGGCGCGGCUGCCACAGCCCCCGAGAAGAUCCGACAUGAAUGGUAUCAGUCUCAGGACUCGGUGGUGGUGACACUUUACAUCAAGGGAAUCCCCAAGGACAGCGUCGAAGUGGACCUGAAAGACGAGAUGGCAUCGCUUCAAUUCCCGCUCCCCUCGGGCUCUGAUUAUGCAUUCACUCUCGACCCGCUCUAUGCCCCCAUUGACCCUUCCACAUCCAAAGUCUCUGUCAUGGGCACGAAGAUCGAGCUCGUCCUGCACAAGCGGACUGCAGGCCAGAAAUGGAGCGCACUCGAAGGCUCCUCGACGACCCCUAAACUCGCCGACCGGCCCGCCGCACCGUCGUCUACUGCGGGCCCUGCCUACCCAACUUCGUCGCGUCACGGUGCCAAGGACUGGGACAAGGUCGCCUCGAAUCUGACUGCAAAGAAACCAAAGGACAAAAACAAGUCCGACAAGUCGGAGGGCCAGCAGGCUGGCGAGGGAGAUGGAAACGAGUCUGAUGGUGCAGAUUCCGUGGAUUCGGACUACGGUGGCGAUGCUGUCGAUGGGUUCUUCAAGAAGCUGUAUGCCACUGCGGACCCAGAUACGCGCCGGGCUAUGAUGAAAAGCUACGUCGAAAGCCAGGGUACUUCACUGAGUACCAACUGGUCUGAGGUUGCCAAGGGUAAGGUGGAGGCGCACCCGCCAAGCUGA